CCUCUCCUCCCUCUCCAGUGAACCUUUCCUUAGUGGAUUCCCAACAUUAAUUCAGCAUUGCACGUGUUGAGAUGAUCACUGAGGUGGGGAUUGGAUUAUAGUGAGUCACUCGCGACAUAACCAUGCAGCUUAUGCACGAUGGCUGUUAGACACUCCCUGUGUUCAGCCGCAGAGGUUGAUGGGAGUGAACAGACAGUCCAUCUGUAUGUCUGUGCAGACAGUCUAGCCUUGUGUCUGUCUGGUGUCAUGGUCAAUGUCUGGGUUGCUGUGUAACUGUGGAGCCCAGCCAGACUUCCUUUAGCUUUUGGUUGAGGUUGUGAGGGAAGCUUUUAGUUUUGAUUUAGUGGAAAAUUUGAAGAAUUUGAAGAGUUAUUUGUUACCAGUGCAGCCUUCAACAACACAGUACCUCUGACAAAGUAUAAAAAUUAAUGAGAUGAUAAAGUUUGAAUUAUAAUGUAAAAAGUCAUUUACACUUAGUCUUCUUCAGGAAAGUGAACCACUUAACUGCAGUUAUAACCUUUCCUCAGUCCCUUGACCCCUAACAGUGAUGAUGGUUAUAUGCAGUACAUUGUAGAGAUAAUCUCAUCAAUGUCCUGUUCAAGCACCUGCAUCAAGCGAUAUGUUCAUGUCUAGGGGUUAGGUCUGUAAAGCCUGUCUAUUGUCUGUCUGCAUGGGAGGAGUCCAACAUUGGGAUUACAGGGCUUCAUGCAGUAGUUCUGGAUUAAACACCAGGAGACAAUACUGCAGCAUAGGGAGACAGCAGGUGAAAUGAACAGUGGUACUAUAACAGCAUCUGGACAGGCAGUUGGUUAUUUGAGAAACAUCAUCUUAGAGCAUUUUUCCUGAUGCAUGCAGAUGGUUUUGAUGGUCUUCAAUUUUUGGUCUGUGGGAAUUAGUUUUCUUGGUAAUUUACCACCUUCUUGUUUUCUAAAAUCUUCAAGAAGUCAGAUUACAAAGGAAAGCAGAGUACCUUCUGGUGUCUAUGACAGAAAUCAUGUAUUUGAACAGCAGAAAUAAUGCCAUCAACACAGAGAGGAGUAAGAAGAACAUAAAAGGGAAAACACGGGCUCACUUGAAGUCAACUCCACAUCAGGAAGAGAUCUUCACCCUGACAUCCCCAAAGAUGGGGAAAAAGGUGGGGAACAGGGACACAAAGGAGAACAUGACAGAGGAGCAGGAAAUCAUGCAGCGCACUGCAUUUGGGAAGGCCCUUUAUGAUCUGACCCAUUCAGAGAGGGUGAUGAAUGAUGUGACAUUUGGACGGCGGGUGGGGCUUUACGAGCUGAGAGGAGAGAUCGGCUCGGGAAACUUCUCCCAGGUUAGACUGGGGAUACAUGAUCUGACUAAAGAAAGAGUGGCAGUAAAAAUCCUGGAUAAAGUGCGUCUGGACAAGCGAUCGCAAGCACUUUUCGCCUCUGAAAUCUCUUGCAUGGAGAAGCUGACUCACCCCAACAUAGUGCGCCUGUAUGAGGUGGUGGAGACGUUCAAGCGGCUCUACCUGGUGAUGGAGUAUGCCAGCGGAGGAGAGUUGUUCUCCCGAAUCAGCACCAGGGGACGCCUGUCAGACCUGGAGAGCAAGCUUGUAUUUUCCCAGGUCCUGUCUGCAGUCAAACACAUGCAUGAUAAUAAUAUUGUGCACAGAGAUCUGAAGGCUGAAAACAUAUUCUACACUAGCACCUACUGCAUUAAAGUGGGUGACUUUGGUUUCAGCUCGUCCUGCUGCCCCAGUGAUGUCCUUCACACGUUCUGUGGCUCUCCACCUUAUGCAGCCCCUGAACUGUUCAAAGAGAGAAGUUACAUUGGUCAGUAUGCAGAUAUCUGGGCACUGGGUAUCUUGCUUUACUUCAUGGUGACUGCCACUAUGCCAUUCAAAGCUACUAACACAGGCAGGCUUAGGUGUUGUAUCCUGCAGGGCUCCUAUGCCAUUCCCCCGUAUGUAUCCAGACCAUGCCAGGAGAUCAUUAAGGGCCUACUAAAGCCGGUUCCUGUGGAUCGCCUCACUAUAACACAGAUCAUGUACAGCGACUGGAUGAGAGGUAUUAAAUUCCCCCAGGCCUACCCAGCGUGUGGCCCUACACCCUACCACCUGCUCGAGCCUUCCCACAUCCUCAGCUCAGAUGAACUGAAUGUGAAGGCAGCGCUGGAGGAUCUUGGCAUCACCAAGGCCAGUCUCCUCAACAACAGUCUAGACUUGAGAAGCCCCAUUACUGGGGCUUACAGGAUUUUGUUACACCGCAUCCAAAAGAGGAGGUCUGUGGAAGCUGUGGGUUACAGCCAGAUGUGCACCAAAGAAUCCAAGAACAGACUCAGAUGGAGAGCAGGCUCAGAUGGCAUGCUAAACAAACGCCUCUCUGUGGUCUGUGUCAUCAUGUAGUUUAUUUUCUUAAAGGAAUAGUUAAUGUUUUGGGAAAUGCACUUCUUUGCCUUCUUUCCAAGAGUUUAAUGUGAAGAUCGAUACCACUGUGUGUAUUUGUGUGUAUGUGUGUGUGUGUGCGUGUGUGUGUGUACACUAUGCGUUAAGUAUGAAGUGAGAGCCAGGGAGCAGUUGGCCUAGCUGGCCAUUAUUUAUUUUAUUUAAUAAUUGAUUUUAUUGUAUUUAUGUUUUAAAAUUUUCUAUUCCCUCAUCAAUUUUAUUUGCCAUUUUCUUGUAUCUAUUUGAUCUAGUUUUAAUUUAAUUUAAUUAAUUUAUUUUAUUUUUCAAAUCUAUUUGAUAGGUUUUAUGAUUACAUUUUCAUAAUUUUUAUUUCUUGUGGGCAUUAGUCUCAAAUUGUUUUACUGUUUCAACUUGCACUGCCUUGAAGCACUUUGAAUUAUGCUGAAUUGUACAAAAGGUGCUAUACAAAUAAAGUUUCAUUGAAGUUUGAUUGAUAGCUAAGCACAAAGACUGGAAGAACAGCUGGUCAGCUUUCACCAAAGUAAAAAAUAUACAUAUCCCAGCAUCUCUAAGGCUCACUAAUGAACAUGUUGCAUCCUGUUUAAUCCAUACACAAACAGUAAUAUCAAAACAAAAUGGUUUUAGGGGGAAGUUAUGUUCUCUAACAAUUUUUGUGUAAUGACUUGUCUUGUAAUGAAAAGUCUUGUUGUCACAGGCAACCAGCGCUGCAUGGAAGUAAAGGUCGGAUGCAUAAGCUGUUUAACUAUUACUUAAUGAGCUGUAACAGUCUUCCAGUCUUUAUGCUAAGCUAGGCUAAUCGCCUACUGGCUCCAGCUUCAUACUUAACACACAGACAUGAGAUUGAUACUGUUUUUUAAAUCUAACUCUUGGAAAGAGUGCGAAUAAGCAUAUUUCCCAAAAUGUUGAACUAUGUCUAUUAAUAACUUUCCUCUGGUUUUAGCAAAACUAAAAGGGCAGAAAGUGGUUUCAGAUUUGAAUCUGAUUUUCAAGAGAGGUUAUCAUGCUGUGGAAGUAUAUGGUGGUAUAUGGUAACUCACUGUGAAUGAAAGUGCAGACCCAGUGGCAUACUCUGUGACCAAACACUCUUUUGUCUGCUAAGAUAAUGGGAGAAAUAGUUUUUACAGUGAGAGCGGUGUUUAAACCAACUGAGCAUGAAAGAAAUUGGGCCAACAAUGACCCAGAGAUCCCUCUUCCAGUACGGCAACAGCAAUGUGGAAAUAUCAAAACCAAAUGAAGUUCUUUUUUAAAUAAAUGAGUGAAAAAGAAACAGAAAACAGAAAAUCCAAAAAAGGGAAACGAUAAUAUUGACUAAUCUGCCAAUUUUUAAAUACAUUUUAGUGUAAACAUGGACAAAAUUUUAAUUAGGUAGUUAAAUUAGGUUCUUUUUGUUGCUGGAAAAUUGUGAAUUUUCUACUGUUGUAUGAUUAUAUUUCAUAUGUACAGUAUUUUUCAGUUUAUUAAAAUGGUAAUAUAUGUAAAUAUGUAAUUAUAAAUAUUUUAAUCUUAUGAUCUCAAGACAUUUCCUGAAACUAACUGCACUCAACAUUGACUUUUACUGACCUUUAAGAAUGACAGACAACUACUCACUACAUUCAUGGUGCUACAAAGUAUUUCUGUCACAUAUUAGCAUAAUACAGUCGAGCAAACACUUAUUUAUGAUCCUGCAAAUACAGUUCACUGCUCAUGGUGAAAGAAAGUAGCUGUUAUGUGUUUGGGGUUAAAUUAUUAUAGCAAUAAAUAUAUCAUUUCCAAA